AUUAGCGGGAAGCUUUUGAAGUACUGCAAAAAAAAAGAACAAAGUAUGGAUAUUGGGGAAAAAUCUAAAUCUGGUAAAGAUAAUACCAGUAUUUCUGUUGAUGUUGAAAGAAUAGGCUCGGUUGAUCGUCAUUUGAUUAAGACGGGGUUCAACGAUUUUAAUGAUCUUGUUGAUGAAGAGAAAUAUGGUGGUGUUAAAAGAAAGUUAACCGGUAGACAUUUGAGUACUAUAAUUAUUGGUAGUAGUAUUGGUACUGGGUUAUUUAUUGGGAUUAAAUCACCAUUUCAACAUGGUUCACUUUCAUUAUUUUUGGGUUUUAUUAUUUGGGCUUGUCUAAACGUUUAUCCACUUAUGUUGGCUGUUGGUGAAAUGGGAUCAUAUCUUCCAAUCAAAGGUAGUUUUAUUCAUUUUGCUGCAAGAUGGGUUGAUCCUGCUCUUGGUUUUGCUUGUACUAUCAUUUAUGUCUAUACUUGUUUGAUGUUUAUUUGUGUUGAAUUGACUGGGUUUAGUAGUUGUAUAGGAUACUUCACUGAUGUUAAUCCCGGGGUGUUCAUUGCGGUUGGUUUAGUAACGAUCUUUGUUUUCAAUACCAUGGCUGUUAAUUUCUAUGGUGAAAUUGAAUUUGUUGCUACUUUUCUUAAAAUUUUUUUAAUUAUUGGUCUUAUGUUAUUCUCUUUAAUUUCAAUGUGUGGUGGUAAUCCAAAACAUAAUGCUUAUGGUUUCCAACACUGGACUGAAGGUGGUCUCUUUAGACCUUAUCUUGUUGGUGGUGCCACCGGGAAAUUCUUAGGUUGGUGGAAUACUCUUAUUUAUGCUGCUUUUGCUUGUGGUGGUGCCGAUAUUCUUUCAUUGGUUGCUUUUGAAGUGUCUCAACCUCGUAAAAGUAUGGGGAUUGCUGCUAAACGUUCGUAUGUUAGAAUCUAUCUCUUUUAUUUUGGUGGGAUCUUUUUCAUGAAUUGUUUAAUUGCUUCAAAUGAUAAAAAUUUAACUAACGCUACCGAAUUAGGUUUGGUUGGUGCUGCCGCUUCUCCUUGGGUUAUUGGUAUUAGAAAUGUUGGUGUUCAUGGUUUAGAUGCUUUGGUUAAUGUCUUGAUUAUCUCUGCCGCUUGGUCUUGUGGUAAUGCCUUCACUUAUUCUGCCACUAGAUCAAUUUAUUCCGGUUCUUUAGCGGGUUAUUUACCAAGAUUUUUCUCCAAAUGUUUGAAAAAUGGUUGUCCUAUUUAUUGUGUCCUUUUCGCUAUGCUUGUUGGCUGUUUAUCAUUCUUAAACGUUAAAAAUUCAACUAACGUUGUUCUUAAUUGGUUUAUUAAUUUGGCUACCACCGGUAUGAUUUGUACUUAUACCGUUAUUUGGCUUAAUUAUUUCAAAUUCCGUAAAGCUUUGAAAGCCCAAGAUAAAGAAGAUGAAUUCAAUCAAGGUCCUUAUUAUAAAAUGCCAAAAUUCAUUCGUAUCUAUUUCACUCCUUUUGCAUUUUUACUUAAUAAUUUAGUUUUAGUCUUUAAUGGUUUCUGGGUAUUUUUCCCAGGUAAUCUUACUGUUGCUAAUCUUUUCACUUCUUAUUUUGCUCCAGUUUUCUUUGUCAUUGUCUAUUUCGGUUGGAAAAUAUUAAAAAAGACUCAUAUCAGAACUAAUGAAGAAGCUGAUAUUACAACUGGUAAAUCCGAAAUUGAUGAUGAAGAAGAAAUGGAAAGACAAAUUUUGGAAACUAAAGUUAAAAGAAAAGGUUUCUUCUGGUCUUGUUGGUAUAAAUUUAGUGCCUUUGCCUUUGAAUAA